AUGAAUUACAAUUCAGGUUCAGCUAUAACGAUAAAGAUUUUGAUAUUAGGUGCAGGUGGGUUAGGUUCUGAAAUUUUAAAAAACUUGAUACCUUUAAAUAAGAUUAUUAAUGAAAUUCAUAUAAUUGAUUUUGAUACAAUUGAACUAACAAAUUUAAAUAGACAAUUCUUAUUCAAUGAAAAUGAUAUCGGCAAACCAAAGGCAAUUGUUGCUAAAAGCUACUUCGAUAAUCAUUUCCCAGAUUUAGAUAUCAAUAUCAUCGCUCAUAAUGAAGAUAUCUUCAAUUUAUCAAUGGACUUUAUUCAAUCAUUCAACUUUGUUAUAUCAGGUUUAGACUCAAUCGAGCCAAGAAGAUUCAUCAACCAAAAAAUUCUACAAUUAACUAAGGAUUCGAAUUAUAACAUAUGUAUACCUUUCAUAGAUGGUGGUACAGAAGGCUUUAAAGGUCAUGUUAAAACAAUCAUUCCAGGCAUCACCUCUUGUUGGGAAUGCUCUAUAGACACUUUACCUUCAAUACAAGAAACUGUCCCGAUGUGCACGAUUGCAAAUAACCCACGGUCAAUAGAACACAUUAUCCAGUACGUGAUCAAUGUCCAAUUCACAAAUGCAAACUUAGAUGAUAAAUCACACCUUGAUAAAUUACUACAAUUAUGUAUCGAGAGAGCAAACCAAUUUAAUAUAACCAUAGAUGAAAAAAAAUUUAAUGUAAACUAUAUCCUAGGAGUAAUUAAAAAAAUCAUCCCUAGUGUAUCAACAACAAAUGCAAUCAUUGCUGGCCAAUGUUGUAAUAUGUUAAUCAAAAUCUAUUACGACUUAUUAAAUUUCGAUAACUUGAAGAAUUUCAGUAUAUACAAUGGCUCGGAUUCUGUAUUCAAUUACGUCUACGUCCAUCAGAGAAACCCAAAUUGUACAGUUUGUAGUAGUAUUUAA